GUCCAACAAGGCCGGCCCUCACCUUUCCUGCUGCCUACCUACCUCUUCCACAUUGUUCGGCAAGCCGUCACCUCUCCUACACCUCGCCGUUCCUUUCAUCGAUCCAUAUUCUUCUCUUUGUCCUGCGUGCUUGGUCUACGUUCAUCGCGUGUACAAGAAAUACCAUCAGUGAAAAUGGGUGAAUCACGGCAGGAGUUGGUCCAGUGGCUCAACAGCCUUCUCCAACUCAACAUCACAAAGGUUGAGCAAUGCGGCACUGGCGCGGCCCUGUGCCAGGUCUACGACAGCAUCUUCCUCGAUGUUCCCAUGUCCCGAGUCAAGUUCAAUGUGAACACCGAAUAUGCAUACAUAACGAAUUUCAAGGUUUUGCAGAACACGUUUACGAAACAUCAAAUCGAGAAGUCGAUUCCGGUGGAGGGCCUUGUGAAGUGCAAGAUGCAGGAUAACCUGGAGUUUCUGCAGUGGACCAAGCGCUUCUGGGACCAGUAUUACCCCGGCGGCGAGUACGAUGCCGUAGGCCGGCGGAAAGGAGGGGCCCUCCCCCCCAGUGCGGCCGGUGGCGCUCGGGCUGCCUCGGGCGGCCCCCGGCGAGUUGGCGGCACCACUCCGACCACCGGACCGCGGCUCGCGAAGGCCGGAGGCGGUCCGGCCACGGCCGCGCUCCAGGCGGAGAACAACACCCUGAAGGAGACUGUCGUCGGCCUCGAGCGCGAGCGUGACUUUUAUUUCAGCAAGCUCAGGGAUAUCGAGCUCCUCGUCCAGCAGGCCGUCGACGAGGACCCCGAGCUGGAGAAGCAGGAGGAUGGCCUCGUCAAGCAGAUCCAAAACAUCCUCUACUCCACCGAGGAAGGUUUCGAGAUCCCUGAGGGGGAUCAGCUUGACGACCAGGAGACAUUCUGAGGGAGCCCUCUAGUACUGUUAGGCGCAGGAAAAAAGCCAAGGGCGAUAGGGUAGACAGAAGACAGAGGACAGAGGACGAAUCAUGAGCACAUAAUGUCAGGAAUAACGUGUAUGGGCGGAGAAGGCCACCCGGUUGGUAACUGGCAUGGGGCUUCUCUCUUGAGUGUGGCGUUGCACCUGUCUUCUAUGCCGCCUCGAGACUUGCAGGUGACGCUUGCAGUGCCCAAAGAGCAGGCAGUGGGUGGGGAUUUCAGUAGAGGCUUCGAUAUUCCCAAACCAGUCAGAAGACUACGUUGGUGAUAAUAGAUAGGAAAUGAAUGUCCUUGUUCCCCUCAG